AUGCAACCGCCCAGACGCGUCCGCGUGCUCGACAACAACGCCAGCACAAUCCACGACCUCCCACUCCCCUACUACGAAGACGUGUAUCCCCAGCGAAGCAGCGAAAAGGAAGACGAAAUCGGCCGGGCAUACGAUCGGUGUGAUGAAGAGAGCAGCGAUGACGACUUUGACAGCCAGAAAGGGAAGAAAAAGAGGCGAGAAGGUGGAAUUGUGCAGCAUGUUCGCUUCUUCUCGCCGGUUGGUCUGGUGAAGCAAGCUGGUGAGGUUGUGAAUGUGAAGGGAAAGGGGAGGAAAGAGGGAGGCACCAGCAUCUUUGCGGAAUUCGCUACGUCCAAGACAAACAACACGAAUACUGCGACAAGCGGAGUAGCAUCGUCGCGGGGAAUCAACGAACCUAGCCCAAAGCGCAAACUCCUGACGCCGAAGAAGUUUGGGAUGUUCGCUUCGCCUCCAGCAUCGUCGCCCGCUGCGCCUGAGAUGAACACGGCGGCGGAGGUGAUGGAUGGUUUGCUGAGUGGUCGACCUUCGGUGGAUGGGGAGGAGCAGGCGGGGCCGAGUGGAUAUGGUGACUUCGAGGAGAGCGUCAAUCAGACCCCGGCGAUUCGAAGCAGCGAAGGGGAUGACCAUGCCAUGACGGAUACCCCGGUACAGGCCGAAGUCGAAAAGGCUUCCGACGCUGAUGUCGAAGACAACGGCGAUCAAACUCCUAUCAAAAACGCUGCUGGGAAGAAACGCAAACGCGACAUGCAGACGGUGGAUGCGUCGAAGAUUAGAUCGCACCGGACUCGUGGGCAGGAGAGGCGCGAGAUGGAGAAGAUUGAGGUUGAGAAGAAGGCUGCGAGGCCGGCUACACGAGAGAAGACUGGAGUUGUGAAGACGAGUGGGAAGAGGGGCGAGGAAGAGGGGCAGAAGAAGGCGGGGAGGAUGGGGAGGAGCAAGUGUGGCAAGGCUGGAGGGCGGGUCGGCAGGAAGGAAGGGGUUGUGGAGGUGUUUGAAGAUGAGACGGACUCAGAGCAAUAUGUGUGA